AGAAAAGGAAGAGAGGCAGUGAAGAAGUUCAUGCUCUCUUCUCUCCUUCAAAAAUAAUCGGCAAAUUACUUCAUAUCUCCAGCAGCGACACAGAGCAAUCCCUUUCUCCGUAACUAUACAGAAGAGGCAGCCGCUUUUGAAGAUUUUGAUGAAAAUAAAACCUUCGAUUCCACAUCACUAGGACGUUCGGCAUCAUUCCCGUUAGCAGUUCAAAUUCAAAGUUAAGUUUCUACUCGUGAAGAAUGGCUAUAGAGCAGUCUCACAAGUCACAUAGGACGCGGCAAUCUGGGCCGUCAUCCAAAAAGGCUAAAUUGAGCAAGAAUUCAAACAAAGAUGCUGACAACUUGGAUGAUAAUAAGCAAAAGAAUCCCAAGGCAUUUGCUUUUAGUUCAAAGGUUAAAGCCAAGCGCUUGCAAUCUCGAGCCACUGAGAAAGAGCAACGGAGGCUUCGUGUGCCACAAAUCGAUCGCGCUAUUGGAGAGCCUCCACCAUAUGUUGUAGUCGUUCAAGGCCCGCCAAAGGUGGGGAAGUCUCUUCUUAUUAAGUCUCUUGUCAAGCACUACACUAAGCAUAACCUACCCGAUGUUCGCGGCCCAAUCACAAUUGUGUCAGGAAAGCAGAGGAGGGUGCAAUUUGUUGAAUGCCCAAAUGAUAUUAAUGGCAUGCUCGAUGCAGCUAAGUAUGCUGAUCUUGCAUUGCUGCUUGUUGACGGAAGCUAUGGGUUUGAAAUGGAAUCAUUUGAGUUCCUUAAUAUGUUGCAAGUGCAUGGUUUUCCCAAGGUAAUGGGAGUUCUAACGCAUCUUGACCAGUUUAAAGAUGUGACUAAACUUAAGAAAACAAAAAAGCGUCUCAAGCACAGGUUCUGGACUGAGAUCUACGAUGGAGCGAAACUGUUCUACCUGUCUGGGCUUAUUCAUGGGAAGUAUCAUAAACGUGAGAUACACAAUCUUGCAAGAUUUAUCUCCGUUAUGAAGUUUCCACCUCUGUCUUGGAGAACUGUCCAUCCUUACAUAUUAGUGGACCGAUUCGAAGAUGUUACACCUCCAGAGAGGGUGGAAAUGAAUAGCAAAUGUGAUAGAAAUGUCACCUUGUAUGGUUAUUUGCGAGGUUGUAAUCUGAAGAAAGGAACUAAGGUGCACAUUGCUGGUGUGGGUGACCAUGCCUUAACUGGUGUUGCAAGCUUACCUGAUCCUUGUCCACUUCCUUCUGCUGCUAAAAAGAAAGGUCUGAGAGACAAAGAAAAACUUUUUUAUGCUCCUAUGUCUGGACUGGGGGAUCUCCUAUACGACAAGGAUGCGGUCUAUAUUAACAUUAAUGACCAUUUUGUCCAGUUCUCUAAAUUGGAUGGGGAAAAUGGACCAGCAGCUAAAAACGGGAAUGACAGAGAUGUAGGCGAGGUUUUAGUGAAGUCACUUCAGAGUGCAAAAUCUACUAUUGACGAGAAGUUAGCUAAUAGCUUCGUCACUCUUUUCAGCAAGAAUCCUAAUAGCUUAUCAACUCUUAAGGACACUGAAAAUGGACACAGUUCUGGUCAAUCUGGAAAAGAAAUAGAGUCUGGGAACUCCAGUAGUGAAAGUGAUAUGGAAGACUCAGAUGGAAAAGAAUAUGCACAUGUCAGUGGUGAUGAUGAACAUUUGAAUAAGGAGGAUUCGUCACACAUAAAGCAGCAAUCCGAGUUCUCUGAUGGAAGAAUUAGGAGAAAGGCUGUAUUCAGAGAUGACAAUGAUAAAAAUGAUCUGGAGGAUGUAGGUGAAGGUGAUGAUGAUGAAGAUGGUGAUGCAUCCUCGGAUCCUGGUUCUGAGGAUGAAGAGGAUCAGAGUAAUGAUGAAGAUGAUGGUGAUGCAUCUUCUGAUCCUGGUUCUGAGGAUGAAGAGGAUCAGGGUAAUGAUGAAGAUGAUGAGAUGGGAGAAGCUUCCAAAUGGAAACAAUUCCUUGCUGAAAAGACAUCUUCGAAGAAAAAGGCCAAUCUGAUGCAACUUGUAUAUGGGAAAUCUUCAGCAAGUUCUGAUGCUUCAUUGAAUCAGACUGAAGCUGAAAGUGAGGAUGAAGGAGAAGACAACGAUUUUUUCAGGCCAAAAGGAACAGAAAAGAAGAGGAAGCCUGGUGAAGAACUACUGUAUGUUGAUAAUUUUGACAUUGAGGAUUCCUCGAAAUUAAUAAAUCAAUCUAGUGAUAAGGACUGGAAAGAUGAAGCUUUGGUUCAAAGCAUCCGUGAUCGCUUUGUCACCGGAGACUGGUCGAAGGCUGCUAGGAGGAAUCAAGAGCCAAAGGAAGCCAACUCUGAUGCUGAUGAGGACGUUUAUGGAGAUUUUGAGGACUUGGAAACAGGUGAGAAGCAUGGUGGACAAGAGACUGCUAGUGCUGGUGAUAAUGCCCAAGAUGAACAACGGAGACUCAAGAAGCUUGCACUUCGUGCAAAAUUUGAUGCUCAAUAUAAGGACACUGAACCACUUGAUGAGAAUGCUGAUGAAAAGCAACCUAGUAAGGCGCUUCAUAGAGAUGAAGCUAAUGAAAGCGCCUACUUUGAUAAGUUGAAGGAAGAUAUUGAACUGAGAAAACAGAUCAACAUAGCUGAACUGGACGAUAUUGAUGAAUCAACUAGAGCGGACAUAGAAGGGUACAGAACAGGGACAUACCUGCGUUUGGAAAUUCAUAACGUGCCAUUUGAGAUGGUUGAACAUUUUGACCCUUACCAUCCAGUUCUGGUGGGUGGGAUUGCACUUGGAGAGGAAAGUGUUGGAUGUAUGCAGGUUCGUCUUAAGAGGCAUAGAUGGCACAAAAAGGUUCUAAAGACUAGAGAUCCCAUCAUUGUUUCUAUAGGAUGGAGACGCUACCAAACUAACCCUCUGUAUGCCAUUGAGGACAUUAAUGGGCGCAAUCGUAUGCUCAAGUAUACUCCUGAACAUAUGCAUUGCCUUGCUAUGUUUUGGGGUCCUCUUGCCCCACCACAUACAGGAGUAGUUGCUGUCCAAAAUUUAUCAAAUAAUCAGGCGACCUUCAGGAUAACCGCAACUGCAACUGUAUUGGAAUUUAACCAUGAAGCCAAAAUAGUAAAGAAAAUCAAGCUAGUUGGUUAUCCAUGUAAGAUCUUCAAGAAGACUGCUCUAAUUAGAGACAUGUUUACUUCUGACCUCGAGAUAGCAAGGUUUGAAGGUGCGGCUAUACGAACUGUUAGUGGCAUCCGUGGUCAAGUGAAAAAAGCUGCAAAAGAAGAAAUCGGCAACCAACCAAAGAAGAAGGGAGGUGUUCCGAAAGAAGGAAUUGCAAGGUGUACGUUUGAGGAUAAAAUUUUGAUGAGUGACAUUGUUUUCCUGCGUGCAUGGACCCAAGUGGAGAUACCUCGCUUCUUCAACCCCUUGACCACUGCUCUGCAACCUCGAAACAAUACUUGGCAGGGAAUGAGGACCGUUUCAGAAUUAAGAAGAGAUAAUAAUUUGCCCAUUCCUGUUAAUAAAGAUUCUCUCUACAAGACAAUAGAGAGAAAGCCAAGAAAGUUCAACCCUUUAGUUAUUCCAAAGUCUUUAGAAUCAGCUUUGCCAUUUUCAUCGAAACCAAAGAAUAUAGCCAAGCGAAAGACGCCUCUUCUUGAAAACCGUAGGGCUGUUGUUAUGGAGCCCCACGAGAAGAGAGUACACGUUCUUGUUCAGCACCUCCAGUUGAUGAGGCAUGAGAAGAUGAAGAAGAAGAAGUUGAAGGAUACUGAGAAGAGGAAAGUGCAUGAAGCAGAGAAGGCAAAACAAGAGGAAGUUUCAAAGAAACGUCAGCGAGAAGAGCGUCGGGGAAGGUAUCGUGAACAAGACAAGCAAAACAAAAGAGUGCGGAAAAACGAUGAUUGAUAGGUGAUGUUAUUUUUUGUCUGGGAAUUUUGGUGGGUCUGUCCCAACUUUGUUAUCAACUGUUUUAAGAUAUGUAACGUUAGAAUUAUAUGUAUGAUUAAUUAAUCAGUCUGAAAUUACUAAAUUAUGGGAAUUGGUAUUAUUACAUUUGAAUUCUUGGGAAUUAUAGUUGAUUUUCUUUUAUUCUA